AUGGAUCAACCGAGGUACUGGAUGUGGUCCAAGACCCGACCCGCAAACCCAUCAACCGACUCGUGGGAAGAGCAAGCCUUCGCCGUGGAUUCCGCCGGAGCCCUCGGCGGCGGCUGCGUUUGGCCGCCGAGAUCCUACUCUUGCACCUUCUGCCACCGCGAAUUCCGGUCGGCACAAGCCCUCGGUGGCCACAUGAACGUCCACCGGCGAGACCGGGCCCGCCUCAAGCAACAACCCGACCCGCCGGUUUUUCCUAACCCUAAUUGCCCGGAAAUUCCCGGGCCUCGCAGCGGGUUUUGCGUGACUAGGGUUUUGUCAGGACCAGCUUCGCGAUCGGGCUUUGUGGCCCAAAAACGGGUUCGGGAGGUCUCGGUUUUGGGUUCGGGUUUAGUGUUUGAUUUGGUCGAUGAGGAUGAGAUGAGGAGCGGCAAGAAGAGAAGGGUUGAGGAGAAACGGGCGGGUUCGGAGGAUUUGGUCCCGAUUUUGAGUGAAGUCGAGAGAUGUAUCGUCGUGCAACCGGAGGUGAUUAAAUCGUGUUCCGGGCCAGUUGAGGAGCUCGAUCUCGAGCUAAGGCUUGGAAGUGCUUCAAAGGUGAAGUAA